AUAUAUGUAUAUAUAUAUAUAUUCCCUCCCCACUCGCGCCGUGUCACCGUCCCGUUCGCCGCGUUCCUGCUCUUUUCUUUUAACUCUCCUUCGUUAGUACGUCUCCGCCAUCCGUGCCUUGUGUGUUCUCCCGAGACUCGGAGGAGAGAACGAACGUCGUCCCGGUCGCGUCCGUUCCGUCCGUCCCGUCCAGCCACGACCGCGUCGUCGUUGUCGCCCGUGCACCCGUCCGUUCGUCGGUGUGCGCUCUUUUCUUGUGUAUCCUCCUCCUCAAACGUGUUUCCGCGCGCGCCCAACACGCGCCAACAUUCGGCCACCAUUGAAGCAACCGAGUACAAUUUGCAAUGAAUGAUAAUACUAACACGACGACGCAAAGUAUAGCGGACUAUCUGGCACAGUUGUUGAAGGAUCGGAAACAGCUAGCCGCCUUCUCAAAUGUCUUCAUACAUGUGGAGCGUCUGCUGGACGAAGAGAUCGCAAAGGUGAGGGCGAGCCUUUUUCAAAUCAACGGGGUGAAGAAGGAUCCGCUCGUUCUACCGGAACCCGAAGGCGACAUCACGACGCUCACGGAGAAGGUCUAUGUUCCCGUUAAAGAGCACCCAGACUUCAACUUUGUCGGAAGGAUUUUGGGGCCACGGGGCAUGACCGCUAAACAAUUGGAGCAAGAGACAGGAUGCAAAAUCAUGGUCCGCGGAAAAGGGUCAAUGAGGGAUAAAAAGAAGGAGGAACAAAAUCGAGGCAAACCGAACUGGGAACAUCUAACGGACGAGUUGCACGUGUUGCUUACCGUCGAGGACACCGAGAAUCGUGCCACCUUGAAGCUCGCACGAGCCGUCGAGGAAGUCAAGAAACUUCUUGUGCCCGUGCAGGCUGAUGGCGAGGAUGAGCUGAAGAAAAGGCAGCUAAUGGAACUCGCCAUUAUCAAUGGCACUUACCGGGAUUCGAACACAAAGGUUGCCGCCGCAGCAGGAUUCGCUGUUGCAGCCUGCGACGAGGAAUGGCGGCGAGUGGCCGCUGCCGCGGCGGAGACGCAACGUCUGUUACCGGGUCUGGCGAAUCCUAUGCGAACGCCAAGCGCUCCCUUAGGCGCGCCGUUGAUCCUCUCGCCGCGAAUAUCCGUGCCGACGACCGCGGCGUCUCUGCUGAACGGUUCCGGACCACCUGGAUCUCUGCUGUCGGCCGGCGAUCCGCACGGGCUCAUCUACACGCCGUAUGCGGAUUACGCCAACUACGCGGCUUUGGCCGCGUCGCCUCUGCUCACCGAGUACGCCACUGCGGAUCAUUCUGGCGCAGCGGCGGCCGCCGUCAAGCAGCGUAGACACCUGGGUCAGAUUCGCGAGCACCCUUAUCAAAGGGCCGGCGCUCUUUCGUGAAAACACAGAAAACAAGUACACAGAGAGAGCGCACGCGAGAAAGAGAGAGAGAGAGAGAGAGAGAGAAAAGAGAAAAAAAGAGAGAGAACAAAAGCACUGUUCUUGCGCCAUCGCGGAAAGGCUUGGAGUGCUAACAAUGGAUAUCCACUCGCCCCGUGCUAACAACUGGACUCUGGAACAGCAUCCCGCGUUCAAUCGGUUCACCAACCAGCCGACCACCUUCGCCGUCCGUCCGCGUCACCAGCCCCGUUCGUCAAGCUUAUCCAUCAUCCUGUGUCCUCUUAAAUGUUCGGGAACAUUUUCAGUUCUUCACGCGCGUCUUCGGCGCGAAAACGAAGAAAUAUCUCGCCGAGAAUCGUUAUCCGAACAUUUUUCUUGUCGUCUUCGUAUAUAAACGCGCGUAAAAACAAGUAUAUAUAUAAUAUAUAUAUACGCAUAAAUUAUUGUCACAUGUAAAUUACAUUUUAUUUUAAUUCGCAGGACAUUUACACGCAGAGCGUUUCUAAAAUGCAUUUUGCGCAAUAGAUACACACAGAUAAUAAUCGAGACAUUGUCAUCAUCGCAAGAUUUUUUUGACUUGAAACGAUAAAAAAUUUAGACACACACACGCACACACAUCUAUAUGUGUAAUCUACAUCUCAUUUUACAUAUGACAAAAAGCGAUCGAUAUGAUUGGACGGCGAACUUUUCGAAAUAUUUCACACACACGCGGAAAACAAGAAAACAAUUACGAGGAUACAAGGGACUCUGUUAUUAUUUUUUUUUUUUAUUUUUUUUACGAACAGCAAUCGUUUCGCGCGCGGAUUCUUUCCAGAUUUUGGUCUGGACGUGAGUACGAUCACACACGGAACACUCGAAUCAAAGUGCAAUGCUGGUACACACAGCAGCAAUAGUUUUUUUUAGCUAUACAGACAAGAUGGUUCAUCGGAAUAUUUUUUUACUCCUUCGUUGUGUGGGAGAGGGAGGACGGGAAUCUCAUUGUAAGCACGCGACAUGUGUGUAUAUAUAUAUUCGAAAUGUAACAUUUUUGUUUUCUCUCUCUUCUCGCGCGGCAAACAACCAAGUGUUGUUCGCGCUUUUCCCCAGUACUUACGACUACGCUAGCAUCUCCCGUCACUCGGAGAUGACAGCGGAGAUAAAAACGCGACAACGUUUAUAUAUACAUAUAUAUAUAUAACUUAAAUACAGAAUUAACGUUAUAUUACGCGCGCGCGUGCGCAGUUCUAAAUCAACUGCUGAAGUGUGUGUUGCAUGAAAAAAACAAAAAAACAAAAAAAAAAAAAAGAACCAAUCAGGAGAUUUUCCGAACAAGGAUCUCGUUUUUGAAUUGCGAGCGAUUGUCUCCCUCUUUUCUCGCGCGACCACCAGUCUCGUGCCAGGAGAAUCUAUCGAAAUUCUGAGCAACUCUCUCGCAUAAAUGUGCCUUACGCAGCAGAACGAAUGUGUAACGCGGUCAAAUUUGUGAGCCGUGAUAUACCGUACUAUAAGAUAAGCUUUUCGUUAAAAAAAAAAAAAAAAAAGUAGACUACGUAAUAGCGUUAGAUUUGUGCAAUUAAAAUUUAUAUAUGUAUAUACAUAUAAUCUAUACCUUAUAUAUGUAUGUAUAUGCAUCCACACAUAUAUAUAUAUACAUACAUAUACAAACACGUAUAUAAUAUACAUAUAUGUAUAUCUUUCUUGCAAAGAAACGAGUAUAUAGAAAAAAGCAAAGAAACAUCCUCUCGAGGUUAUUGCUAUUUUUUAACAAUCUUUUUCGUUGCCACGAGAAGGACUGUUAAGACACACGCCUGUUAGAGAGAGUCGCGAUAACCAGAAAAAGAAGAGAAGGCUUUAAGAAGUCCGCUAUCGAAUGCGGGUGUACAAGAGAGAGAGAGAGAGAGAGAGAGAGAGCUACGUGUACAUAUAAUUGGUAAAUAUGUCGAGGGGAGCAACUUCCGACAAUCCCGAGUUUGUCGCAUAUUAUCAAGGUCGUGACCUUCAAAAGGUUUUAAGUAAUGCUCACCGUUUGUUGAAAAGUUGUUAACAAAAAAUGUGUAUAGAGAACUUACGGCCUUUUACACAUAUGCCUCUUAUACAUAAUACGAUAUUUUAGACAUAUGUCUUAUAUAAUAUGUUUUAUAUAUAAAUGUUGAUGAAAAGAUGUAUUUUGAUAUAACAUGUCACAAGUUCACAGUUAUACAAAUCAUUUAUUUGAGAAUUGUACACGAUAUCCAAAACUGAAGGUUUAUUUAUAAAACUUCUUUUCGAUACAACUUUUUAAUAAACAGCUUUUUUCAAACUCC